AUGACGCGGUGGCUCGCGGCGCGGCAGCCCCAGGCCGGCCCGGCGCUCCAGCUGGCGUGCCGCGCGCAGCACUUUCGGCGCUGGGAGAUCCCGCGGUCGGCGUACCCGAUGACGCGGCCGGGCUACCUCACGUGGCGGGCCAAGCUCAAGUCGCAGGCGGCGGCGCAGGUGGCCGCGCUGCUGACGGCCGAGACGGACGUGCCGCCAACCGACGUGGCGCGCGUCGCGGCGCUCAUCAGGAAGGAGAACCUCGCGGCCGACGAGGAGACGCAGGUGCUCGAGGACGUGGCCUGUCUCGUGUUCCUCGACGACCAGUUCGACGGCUUUGAGAGCAAGGAGGAGAUUGACGAGCCCAAGAUUAUCGGCAUCCUGCAGAAGACGUGGGCCAAGAUGAGCGAGCCGGGCCGGGCGCUGGCGUUGAAGAUGGAUCUCAGCGAGAGGGCUACGGCCUUGAUCACCAAGGCCUUGGCUGGCAAAGCCGCAACUGCGCCACUCGCAUCAUCACCCUUCGGCUCAACCGAGGCCCGGCAGAGCCCCGAAGCCCCGACCACCGCCGGAACGGCAUUCCCUGCACCGGCCACCUCUCAGACCAAACCACCUUUGGAUACCCUCAUCAGCGCGCAUGACUUUGAGGCUGUGGCAUCAACCACCUUCCCCCCAAAAGCCUGGGCCUUCGUCUCGUCUGCCGCCACCGACCUUCACACCAAGCGUCGCAACGCCGAGGCCUACGCCUCCAUCACUCUGCGCCCCCGCGUCCUUCGCCAGGUCGCCACGGUCGACACGAGCACGACCAUGCUCUCGCACGCCACCCGCCUGCCCCUCUUCGCGCCGCCGACGGCCAUGGCCAAGCUCGUCCACCCCGAGGGGGAGAAGGCCCUCGGCCGCGCCCUCAAGGCCUCGGGCAUGCCCCAGACCGUUUCCGUCAGCGCCAGCUAUUCCCUCGCUGACAUACUCGCCGCCCACGCCACCCACGACGUCGCCACGCCCUACGAUGUGCCCGUCUUCUUCCAGCUCUACGCCCUCGUCCUGACCGUCGACGCGCCCCUGGCCCGGCAAGCGCGAGGCACCGAGCGCGUUCGCUCCGAUGAGUCGCUGGCCUCACCCAUCUCGGGCGCUGCCGCCAAGAAUGACGCCCGUGGCGGCGCCCUCGGCCGCAUCAUGGGCAGCUACAUUGACGCCAACGUCUGCUGGGACGACAUUGCCUGGCUGCGUCGCACCGUGCCGGGGCUGCCCAUUGUGCUCAAGGGCAUCCAGACCUGGAUGGACGCCGUGCGCGCCGCCGAGCACGGCGUCGAGGCAAUCAUCGUCUCCAACCACGGCGGCCGCAGCCUCGACACGAGCCCUGCCACCAUCCUCGUCCUGCUCGAGCUGCAGAAGAACUGCCCCGACGUCUUUGACAAGAUGGAGGUCUACGUCGACGGCGGUGUCACGCGCGGCACCGACAUUUUCAAGGCUCUCUGCCUGGGCGCCAGGGGCGUCGGCGUCGGCAGGGGAUUGCUCUACGCACUCAACUAUGGCACUGAGGGCGUCGAGCGGUAUAUAGAUAUUCUGCGCGAUGAGCUCGAGACGACGAUGAAGAUGUGUGGGGUGACCAGCUUGGACCAGGUCCAUCCCGGUUACCUUAAUACUGCGGCCGUUGAUCACCUCAUUCCUGGAAAGGAAGAACACCCCUAUGCGAAAUGGAGACCCAGCCAGAAGAGUCGUCUGUAG